UUGAAGUUGAACGGAUACGCUGUUUGUAGUACUAUUUCAUACAGAUGCAAAAAUGCGCGUGCUGAUAUCUGGUGCCUGCUCAUCAGUUGCCUAUCAAUUACUGCCACUGUUGGCAGCCGGAGACGUGUUUCAACACCAGGCGUGUCCACCACUGCCGACUUCUGCGCGGCCUGCACAGUUGCUGACAUCAUUCUCGUCUUACCAGAUGUUGAACGCUUUGAUAACCCUGGCAACCGUCAGUUAGAUACCUUCUGGAGUAGAUUGUCACAUGUUGACUUUCAAGCACUGGACGGGGCGUUGCAUCCUGACACUAACAGACAGACUAUGAGAUCCGUUAAUGCACGUGGUCCACUGUCGGCUGCACGUGCAAUCGCUGAUAGCAUGAGACGCGUGCACGUGGAGGCGCUUCAGAACGACAUUCAAAUGACCUUAGACCCACGGGAGAAGUCUGAGUUUUGCUAUGUACCUGUACCGUUCGUGUCGAGCACUUACCCAGACAUAUGUGAAAACCACUUGUCCGUUACCCGCACAGCAGAAUUCUUUCAGAAGACCGGUGCCUUGGUACUGAUUGCGAGCGUAAAUAAGGAAUUAAUUGACUGUGUUUUAGAAAAGGCAACUAGGCUUAAAGAAGUUGGCAUGACGUCAUCACUGCAUUCCAGACUGUGACACAUUUACUUUCUUGUCUCCAGUGUGUUUUGUGGUGCUUGUUCGUAAUAACAUGAUUUUGGUGCUUACCUGCUUUACAAAUUGAUUAAUCAGUUAACUAAUGUAUGUAUUGCUUCUCUGGUAAAAACAAUUAAUAAACUAUAUAAUUAAAAUUGUUUCACCACGUCAACCAGACCUCCAGUCUCAUUCAAAACGAUCAGAACGAUCACUGACCUGAAAUGGAUGAUAAUGGCAUCAGGGUGGACAAUGGAAACGUUUAUCAAGUGAAAGACAAACCAGAAUAUGCAGGACAAACAAGUUUGGCCAUUUGCGGUUACGAAACUACUUCUUUUGAUUGGCAAUUAAGCCCAUUAAAGUCUCUAAAUUUGCAAUAAACAUCUUAUUCAUUAGACUUUAAAAAAAUACUAUUGGUAUUUCACACUUUAAUAAAGAUAAUCAGUGACAUAAAUAUUUCUAAUCUGUUUGCAACAUAUCUUUCUUUAUUUUUUCAUUUUGUUCCAUUUUUUCAAAUAUAAUUGAAUGUGUAAAAUAAAAAAAGAUCAUGAACAAUCAUCAUUGAAUAACAAACAAAAGUAUGGGGUGGCAUUUUCCCGAUUUGACGAUUUUCUAAACGCAAAAAUACCCGAUAGUUGGAUGGUACUUUAUCUUUAAACAGUAAGAAAAACACAUGUGAUUAAAAUUCGUUCUAACCCCUUGUUAAUGCUCUAAAUCACUGUCUGAGCCAGUAAAUCAGAGAGAGUGUCUGAAUAUAAAAACGAUUUACAAAACACCCGAAGUGUAACGGUGAACGCCAGUAUGUAAUGUAACACAUUAAAAAAAGUAGGCAACUAUUGUAUAUUGAAGUUUUUUCUCAAAUCUAUUGAAUAAAGAAUAAAUAAUACCAAACAUGAG